UUCCUGCCCCUCUCCUGGGCUGGUGAGAGGGCAGUGACCCUCAGUUUGACAUGAGUCUCUCCUACAGGGGCAGUGCUGCACAGGGGUAGAAGCCAGGGUGCCCCAGCAGGUGAGGGGCUGAGGCCCACCACCCACACCUUGCAUAUGGGGCUCCUCUCAUUGGGGCCGGCCUCCGGCUGGGGCAGAGCACAUGCCCUGGGCCGAGGGACACUGGCCACGCAGCACCUUCCUUUCCUGGGACCUCCUCUGCCGCGGACCUUGGGCCUCCAGUGGCCCACCCAGCAGGGGUGCUGCCUGGACAGUACUGAAGCCAGCCUUGGGGCUGCGUCCUCGCACAGAGGCAGCCAGCGAGCUCCUGGCUGGAGCCAGCCGGCAUCAAUGGAUGAGGAGGACGAGGCCCCCAGCUCCAUGUGGCUCCCUCUGCGGACCCUGGAUGGGCCAAGCCUGCCUGAACCCGACCCCCUGGACCUGGAAGGAGCCCUCUCCACCUGCUUCCCCGGCUUCUGUGUCCCCAGUGGCCACAUUCCCAGGGACCUUCCAGCCCUCUCCACCCUCCUCCACAGCACCCCUGCCCUCUGGGAGACCCGCUGAGGCCUCUGAGUUUGAGCUGCGGCUGCUGGACUCCCACCGACAGCAGGGUGCGCUGCUUGCCUCCUGGUCCUGGCAGCAGAACGUGUUGAUGGCCCAGCAGAACCUGCUCCAGCAGCGGCUGGCUGAGCAGAUCCAGCGGCUGGCUGAUGGUGUUGAGGCCCUCAACCAGACCCUCGAUGGGAGGAGGCUCGCCCCUGGUCCUAGACAGCACCCCUGCUGGCGGAGUGGCCCAGGGACCCGUCAAAUGCAGCCCCCAGGACACCCACAUGGGCCUGGAGGUCUUCUCAGGGAUGAUCCUGAAGGUGGAGGAGGAGGCCUAGGGUCUGGUCCCUGGGGACCAUGGACAGAGCAGAGACAUUAGUCGUCCUCCUUUUAAGAGGGGCUGAGGGAGCGGUGGGUGAAGAUGGGGCCUCGACGGAGCCAGAGGGGGCGUGGAUGUCUGCCUGUGGUCACCCCUUCCAUGGCUGGCUCUGCGGGGCUCAGCGACACGCUGGGAAAGGCCUCCCAGAGUCAGCCUCCCAGGGGCCAGGGCAGAGGCCACUCCACGAGCCGCAGCCGGAGGAGGCGGAGGGGCGCCGGCCGAGAGCCCGGCCUCUGGUCCUCACCCGGCUCUGACCAGCUGGAUUGAGGGCCAGGGAGGACACGGCGCCUCCGGCCGCUGACGGUGAAUGAGCAGGCAGCCGCCCCUGCUCUCAGCUGGGCCGCCCUCUGUGCUCCGCGCUCAGGCCCUGCACGGAGGCCGGGGCCUUUCCCGGCUCUCAGCAAUUCCUCUGGCCGUUCCUCCUCUGGCCCUUGUGCAGCCCCUUGGUAUGGCGCCAACUUCAAGCACUGCCGGGCAGGGGUCAGGCCACAGCCACGUAGCAUGAGAGCCAGUGAGGCUGAGGGGAGAGCAUGUGGCCCUGUCCACCAGCCUCGUGGGCCUGGCCUCAUGCCCUCCUCUUCCCCUUUGCCUCCUCCUGACCCUGUCCUGACUCCGCUGUGGUGCUGGUGGUCUAGGAUGCCUGCUUUCCUGCUCUGAGCAGCAGGACUGGCAGGGCUGAUAAAAAGCCUUAUCCAGAAGCAGGAGGCGGAAGUACCAGCGUGGGCUGGACAGGGUGCUGGUCCCAGGAUGCCCAGGGAAGCCCCAGGGCCAAGAAUAGCCAAGCCCAGGGGUCACGGGCACAGUGGGAGGGAUCUUCCUGCUUUUCUGUUCCUACCACCGGCCAGCAGCAUGCCUGUGACCGUCCGUAAGAGAGUCUCCACCGCAGGACUCUGCAGCCGCCCACCCAGCUGCCGACUGCCGCACCGCCCACUUGUCUGCUACCACCUCUCCUUCUGUGGGUCCACCUGGCACCACUGACUCCCCAUGGCAGCCUGUCACUCACAUGGCUCCUCCUGAGCAGCUUUCCUUCCUCCCUGCGAAGCCCCCUCUCCAUCUCAGUGCCACCUCCGAGAAGCCCUCGAAAAUCCUCAUUCCAGGGGAAGGGAUGACCCUCCCAUCCACAAACAGAUGCACACGGUAGUGGAUGUCUGCUCCCACAUCAGCACCGGGCGCUGCUCCUUGGCCCCUGUUCCAGUGUCUGCCAGCCGGGCCCUGGUCGCACUGACCCUGACCUGACCGCGGUCCGCCCCGUAUCCCUACCUGGCCAAGCCCUAAGUGGUGAGACAGCGAAAACACCCCGGCGGGGAGGGCCGUCCUCCCAGGGCCGCCAUCUGCUGUAGACACAACACUAAACAUGUGAACGGUUGUUUGGUGACUGUUACUCUGAGCUGAAACUGGGUUCGGCUGCAUCUGACAGAGGCCCAGAAUGAUGUGUGUGGAUGCCGCAGGCAUGGCUCUUACAGAAGAGAAGGUCAGUGAGGCAGAGCUGGCAGGUGUCCCCACGGGCCUCGAAGACCCCAGCGAUGGGCAGUCUCCACUCCGCUGUGGCGCUGGUGGUCCAGGACGCCUGCUGUCCUGCUCUGAGCAGCAGGACUGGCAGGGCUAAGAAGGGUGCACCAUCCCGCAAGGACACCUCUGCUUGCGUCACAUCCCUUUGGCUGGAAGUGGGCCAGGUGCCCAGGCUGUGUUGCUGAGAAGCCAGGAAUGUCUGUGGUGUUGCCUAACAUGGAGGUUCUGUUGCUGUGGGGGGUAGGGGGUAGGGUUGCCAAGCAGGCAGCCAGCACCCAACUGUGGGGCUGAUGGGAGACCUGCCAUCCUGAGGGCAGGGAGGCCUCUGAGGAAGGUAUCCAGGCAGAGGCCUUAAAGAUGACUUGGCAGCCAUCAGCGAGGCCAGGAGAGUGAGGGGGAUGGUGUGGAGGGGGGCCAGCAGUGUCCAGGCGGACAAUCAGCAAUGAGGAUGGGGAAAAGCCACCCACCCCUGCUUUGGGCACAGAGAAAGAGCAUCUCCAGAGGGGAGCCAGCAAAGGCUGCAGCGCUGGGGUCAGGCAGCGUCCUGUGCCUCCGAAGGGCCCCGGGGUAGGGAAGGAAGGGUCCUGAUUUGGAGCUCUGAGAAGGUGUCAGUGGCCACUCCAGGACACGGUCGUGCGGCAUCCUGUGACUUGCAUGCAAGGCCUUUGUGGCAUGUUCCAGAAGCAACAGGCAGGAGAGCGGCUGGGGUGGUUCUGUUAGAGCUCGGCAGGCUGCAGGUCCCCCCAGCCCUGGGCAGGUGGUCAAUGUGAGCCUGGAGCGGGGAUGAUGUUCAGGGUCAGGGGGCGCCAGGGGCAGGCCUCCAGCUGGUUUCGGUCCUCCAAGUUCAUGCCCUUCACCCACACCGAGCUGCCUCCCCAGGAGGUGAGCCUCGUCCAUCCAACCCAGGAUGAGCGAGACCAGGUCCCCUCGCUGGGGGUACUUCAGUGGGGGAGGGGGGCAGCUCAGACCUCCUGGCCUGUGUGGGUUACAUGCCCAGGCUGAUCUCCUGCUGCAGAGCAGGAAAUAACCUGCGACGUCAAAUGCUUUGCCGGCUCACAGAAAGCAAAUAAAUAGCCAAUAGCCAGUCUCCACCUACCCCCACCCUCCAACCCCGGCCCACCGCCCCAAUCGAAAGGGCCUAUAUGGGAAGCAAGUGGAAAGCUGACCUGAGUGAGAUCCAGACCUGGCUGAAGCCCUUUCUGGGGGAAUGGGCCUCGGCAGACCCCUGGUGCUCGGAGUGCGUGAGCCAGCGAGAUGGCUCCAUCUGUAAGGGGGCAGGUCGCUGGGGGAACAGCAGAAAACAGAACAACAGCGUAAGGCCCUGUUAUGGGCUGAGUGGUGUCCCCCAAAUUCAUAUGUUGAGUCCUAACCCCCAGCACCUCACAAGGUGGCUGUGUGUGGAGAUGGGGUCUUUACAGAGGUGAUUAAGGGGAAUGAGGUCACGUGGGUGGCCCUGGUCCAGUCUGACUGGUGCCCUCAUAACAUGAGGCGAUCAGGACGCAGACCCGCACAGAGGGACAACCAGGUCAGGACACGGGGAGAAGGUGGCAUCUGCCUGCCAAGGAGAGGGGCCUCAGGAGGGCCCAGCCCUGCGACACCUGGGUCGUGGCCAUCCAGCCUCCAGACUGGGAGACAAUAAAAUCUGUUGAUUGUAUCCUCAGCCUGGGGGAUUUGGGUACGUCAUGCAGUCUGCGCGGACCACCUCACACAGCUCAAACGACUUCAGCUGUGGAAAUUAGCUGGGUCACAAUGUCGGACAGUUUCUAAGAAAUAUUUUUAAAAGAUGAGAUCACAAACAUGAGCAAUAAUAGAUUAUCAGAAGUCACCGAGUGUGUCUGGAAAGGAUCAGUUACAGCCUUUAAGAGCUCAGUGCGUAGGUCAGGCAGUGCAUUUGGUCCCAGAUGAGUGAGAAGUGGCAAGCUGGAGGCCUGUCUGGAGGAAUGUGCAUGGCGAGAGGGAGAAGGGGGCUGCAGUGGAGGGACUGAGACAGAGAUGGGUGAGAGACCCCACACCAUGGGACUGGAGGCCGAGGAGGAAUGGAGCUACUGCAGGAGAGGCGGCGAGGCCGCACCGGCCAGCCCUGGGGCUGCACGAAUGCAGGAAGCACUUGAUGCCCAGUGGUGGAAAUAGAAGGAUGAGGCCACGGUGAAGAGACGGCAGAUGCUGCACCGAAGGGACAGAAGGGGUGCGCGUCUCCCAGCCAGAAAGGGAAGGAGGGAUGACGAUCUGCUCAUGGCAGCUCACGGUGGGCAGCCGGGCAGCAACGAGGUACGUCUGCAAAGCAGUGGGAAGACCAGUCAGUCGCCCUAGGGUGGUGCACCCACAGAACUGCCUGUCAAGGACAAAGACAAAAUGCGGACAUUUCCAGACAAGUGAAAACCGUGAGGGUUUCCCACCCUCAAAGAGACUUUUGCUAAAGCAGUUGCUGAAGGGUGGGCGGCAGUUUGGAAACCCGGCUGGGAGGCUGGGAGUGAGGACGCUGGGCAGCGUGUAGGCAGACCUGACCAUUGACUGGGCAAGUAAUAAAGCUAGUCUGUGAUGAAGUAACCAUUCUGACACGAUGCCUGCUCUGUGGGGUUAAAUGUUUAGAAAGGACAGAACAGCAGCCGGACAGUGAUUACGUUUGUUAGGGGCCUGAGCUCGUGUUUCUUACAGGGAGGUUAAAUGCUGGUUGAUUUUAGCUCGUUAGUAACUGUAUAUGGGGGAAACUCAAGGGUUCCUUCAUUAAAAUUACAAACUUGCACUCCAUAAAACACCCUGUGAAGAGGGUGAAAAGACAAGCUACUCCCUGGGAGAAAGUACUCGCAGCUCACACAUCUGAUAGGCUUGUGUCAUGAGCAUUGGGGACUCUGGGUUCUGCAGAAAGGAAACACGAUUCAGCAGGAGAGCAGGCCCAAGGGCCGAGCAGACCUCACCAAAGGGGACAUGGGGUAGUGGGCAGGCAUCCGAGAUGCUCACCACCACCAGCCACUAGAAAACUGAGCCACAGCAAGGUGCCACUCAGAAAGGCUCAGACAAGCGAUGGGGGCCCCAGAGGAGCUGGGCCAUUCCUGCACUGCCAGUGGGGAUAUGAGGUGACAGAAGACUGGUGGUUUCUCAAAAAUUUAAAUAUACACUUACAAUACUGCCCAGCAAUUGCACUCCUGGGCAUUUAUCCUAGAAAAAUAAAAGUCAUGUUCAUGCAAAA